AUGACCGAAAGUCUAUUUUACUCUCGAGCAGCAAAAUAUUGGGCGAAUGUACCAGCAACGGUCGAUGGAGUGCUCGGAGGCUUUGGUCACAUCUCACAAACCGAUAUCGAAGGAUCCAAGGCGUUCUUAGAUGCCGUACUUUCCUUCGAAAACCCACCUGAUACCAAAUUAGCAUUGGACUGCGGUGCGGGUAUCGGCAGAGUUACCAAGUACGUACUACUCCCACGAUUCGAAAAAGUCGAUUUAGUUGAACAAGAUGAAAAAUUCCUAAAAACCGCAAAAGAAUUCAUUGGAAAGGAUAAUGAGAAGCUAGGAACACUAUACCAAAAUGGUCUUCAGAAUUUUAAGCCAGUAAAUACCUAUGAUGUCAUUUGGUGCCAAUGGGUAACUGGGCAUUUGAAGGAUUAUGAUUUGAUUGAUUUCUUCGAGAGAUGCCGAAUGUCUUUGAACAAGAAUGGUGUGUUAGUAGUUAAGGAAAAUAUAACAACAUCUAAAGAACUGGACUACGAUGAGACUGACUCAUCAGUAACACGGCCUUUAGAGCUACUACAAACAUUAUUCUCCGAAGCCAGACUCAAGAUAGUGAAAACUGACAUCCAAGAAGGUUUCCCAACUGAAAUUUACCCUGUGCAUUCAUUUGCAUUAAUUAGUAUGGACCAAUAA